UAGACUGCAAAGGUAAAAUUGCCCAGUCUAUCAUGCUCAGUUGAGCAACACAUCUCAUAACCAGUCAAUAAACCUGCUUUCCACACAAGGAAGAAAAGUCGAUCACAAAUCAACCCCAUGUGAUCCUAGGCUACAGGAACUGACCCGUCAACGAAGAGUAGCAGGAAGUUAUUCGUCCUCGCUUGUUUCUGGUGUGUUUACACCGCAAAGAAUAGAAAAACUGCGUCUUCAACGCGGCUUUUUAAAGAGAAAUAAUACAACACACAUUUUACAUGCUCACUCUGGAUACCUGGAAGUAAAAGCAACGGCCAAGUUGUGAAGUAAAGGGUCAUGGCACCAACGGGGCACAGCAACAGGACAGGAGUGGAUCCCGAGGUAACAAAAGCAACGGAUAAGGUGAAAAUACCGAAGACGCUUCCUCAAUAUGGCAGCAUUAAUGGAAGCUCCCCAAGUGACAGCUGCCCAACGUGUCAAGGCACUGGACGAAUUCCCAGAGACCAGCAAGAUCAACUCCUCGCUGUAAUACCAUGCAAUGACGUGCGGCUACAACCCAGACGCACGAAGCUGUAUGUCUGCAUCUCCAUGGUUAUAUGUCUUCUUCUUUGCUGCUUGAUCCUAUUUUUCUUCUUCCCUCGGAGCGUCACACUCACACCCGUGUCCGUGCUGUCAGUCAUGGUCUACUUCACCCCGAACUCUGUGGACAUGCAGGUCAAAAAUCUCAUCAACAUCACCAACGAGAACUUUGUUCCGGUUCAAAUUGCUGACUUUACCAUGCAGGGUCUGGUUGAUGAAACAGUGGUGGGUCAUACCAAAAUAUCCAACAUGACGGCCAUACCGUCUCGAUCGAGAAAAUCGUAUACCGUUCAAAUCGACCUGCCGCUCGAAGACAAAGGCUUAAACAAUUACUGCAAGUCAACUACCAUCAAGAUUCACACAUUGUUCCUGAAGCUGCAAAUAACCAUGAAUAUUUCCUACCUGUCUCACGUGGAGCAGCUCUCACAGGAUGUUUUUGAGUACAUUGACUGCGGGAGUAAUUCAACUACACCCCAUCCUGUGAGAUGAUGAAACCUAAACUAUAAACACCAACAAUGGCAUUCUACUUCUAUUUUUAAUGUGUGAUUGAGUACUGUUAAAAUGACAUAUAUGAUUAAUUCCAGUAUUUUAACAGUCCAAAGGCUUUUAAUCAGUCACUACCAUCUUACGCACAUUGAUGUUUUAAAUAUAACUGUAGAUUUUAUCACAGAUGACUUUAGCUCUGUUCUCUGUUUAAAGCUGUAUGCAUUGUACUGUUUUUUAUGUUUUAAAAAUCUUACUUUUUUGUAUGACAGAGUUGACCUCUGUAAAUUCUGAUUUUAUUUGCACUUUAAUAAACAGUGACGUUCA